GGUUUACCAAUCAAGUUGUCCAUACGUUUGGUUUUAAUAUGAUUUUUCAACGAAGCUUCUUAGAUACCCGAUAAGAAUAUCUCUCAUUCCAAGGCUGUCCAGCAUAAUAGAGUCAAACCCAUUUCCUUUGAAGAACAUUAAUGUUUAUGUGAUAAGCAAUGUUUGUUUUUGUAUAUGGUACUCUUAGAAACGCCUACAAGGAAUACAGACAUUUAUUGGAUUUUCAAGUUCCCGACGUUCUUGACAAAUAUGCCGUUUAUAGAGGUCUUGCGAAACUAUCAGGCUACCAAAUGUGGAGUUUGGGUAGUUAUCCAGGCAUAUUUCCAGUAGCCCCAAAGGAAGAAGGAGAAAGAUUCACGGUAACAGGAGAGUUAUUUUCUUUUGAAGCGAACGUUGCUGACUUUCUGUUGGCCACCUUGGAUGACUACGAAGGUUGUCAUCCUUUAAAUGCUUUACCACAUGAGUAUGAACGUGCUACAGAAAUUGUUUUCGCAGUUGAGGAACAAGAUUAUGUCACGUCUUGGAUCUACAGACUCACAACCCGACCUUCUUCCACUUAUCCUGUCAUCUCGAGCGGAGACUAUUCGACUUUUUUGGUAACUAAAUAUCAGUGAAGUGAGCUCAAGGCUCAAGUGUAGCAGCUGUUCAUUUUCCUAAUGCUUUGUACAUUUUGAAGCAUUUGAACGAUAGAUACACAUCAGUCCUAGUCAGGGAAGAAAUGGACCAAGAGGCCUAAUGAAUAUCUGAAUCUUGCGAACUCGAAGAAGACGAUUUAUUCACUUUUUGAUGAAGUACGUAUUCGAAAAUCUUCGACUAGGAAAUACAGAAAUAAUAAAGAUUAUUGGGGUGUCAAAGGGUUUCAUUUGGAAAACUAAAUUUUUAGUAUAAUUUGAUAGACGGUGCAAAUGUUGAAUUUUGGAAUCUUUAUGACUCGGCAAUCGUAAAAUUUAGGAUAGACUUUGGACGACACGAUUAUGAACAGAACUGUUUGAUUUUGGAGAAGUUAGUUAUGGGUAGCGUAGUAAUAGUUGCAGAAUAAGUAAAGUACUGAAAAAUAUUGUGUAUUUUUAGAGCUAUUAUUGCUCAUCGUAUAUCUUGGCAAUAGCUUAUGCAAUAUUACUGAAAGAUAGUUUGCAGAUAAGAUAGACUGGAUUUGAAAGGCAGUUGACUCUUUAGGCUUUGGAAGGACAACGUGUGAAAGAAAGGAAAAUGGCACUAUCGGAAAAUAAAACUCGUGAGAAUACA